GGUUGGUGCUUCUUGGUCACGUGACCGAAAUUUUGUCUGUCAAAAAUUCAUUCCAAAAGUUCUUCUUUCCGUUAACUGCUUUAGAGACGAGUGCUUGUUCUCUACGAGCUAAGGCCAAAAGGCGACUUGCACGACUAUUAUCAAGAAAUAAAUAAAUAAAAAUGACUUCCAACGCUGAAUUAGCUUGCGUCUACUCCGCCUUGAUCUUGGCUGACGAUGAAAUCGCCGUCACCGGAGAGAAGUUGCAAACUAUCUUAAAGGCCGCCAACGUUGAUGUUGAACCUUACUGGCCAGGACUUUUCGCUAAAGCUUUGGAAGGUGUAAACAUCAAGGAAUUGAUCACCAACAUUGGUUCCGGAGUUGGUGCUGCCGGUCCAGCUGCAGCUGGCCCAGCUGCUGCUGCACCAGCCGCCGCUGCCCCAGCCAAGGAAGAAAAGAAGAAGGAAGAAGAACCUGAAGAGUCUGACGAUGACAUGGGUCUUGGACUUUUCGACUAAGGACAUAAAACUUGUUUUAAUCUAAGAAUAAACACGUUUUUAUAAGACAAU